AUGCGGACUUUGUGCAAAAAUCGUGGUAAUUCGGCCAAUUCACCCACACCACCGUCAACUGCCUUGGAGGCGUCUCAUGCUCAGCCUCCCACUUUGCAUCUUCCCUACGCCUCCACACCCUCCCCCAACCGAUGCUACCAGUUGCCUGGGCAGGUCUUGCAUGGUCUCAGCUCGAGCCAUCGACAUUAUACAUCUACCGUCGCCAUUAGCGAGCUGGCUGCUUCUGCUGCUGCCAGUCUUCAUGUGCACCUGCCACAACCCCGAUUGUCCUCGUCAUGUGGUUCAAUAGAGGGUGUACAGGGUGAGGCUAUGAAUGAAUGA